AUGACCAAGUCCGGAAAGAGCCACAGGAAGGCCAAGGCCGGCAGGAAGGCCAAGAAGCGCCACGAGGCGGAGCUCGCGAAGAAGGGCAUCGACAAGGAGGAGGUCCGAGCGUCCCAGAAGAGCAACAAUGUCAAGGCGUUCACCGUGCGGUCCACCAAGGCCGCCGCGCGCCAACGCGCCCGCACGGCCGACAAGGAGCAGCGCCGCAUGCACAUGCCCGUUGCGGAGCGCAUCGUCGACGACCCGCCCCCGUUCGUCGUCCUCGUCCACGGCCCGCCCGGCGUCGGGAAAUCGACGCUGAUCAAGUGCCUGAUCAAGCACUACACGAAGCAGUCCGUGCCGGAGAUCCUCGGGCCGAUCACCGUCGUGUCGGGCAAGCAGCGGCGCCUGACGUUUGUCGAGUGCCCGCAGGGCAUGGCCGCGAUGAUGGACGCCGCCAAGUACGCCGACCUGGUGCUGCUCGUCGUCGACGGCAGCUUCGGCUUCGAGAUGGAGACCUUCGAGAUGCUCAACCUCCUGCAGACGCACGGGUUCCCCAAGGUUAUGGGGGUGUUGACUCACCUGGAUUCGUUCAAGGAUGGGAAGACGCUGAAGAAUACGAAGAAGGCUCUGAAGCAGCGUUUCUGGACGGAGAUCUACAACGGCGCCAAGCUGUUCUACCUCUCGGGCCUCAAGAACGGCCGGUACCUCAAGCGCGAGGUCCUCAACCUCGCCCGCUUCAUCUCGAUCCAGAAAUUCCGACCCCUGUCGUGGCGCACGCAGCGGCCGUAUCUCCUGGUCGACCGCUUCGAGGACAUCACGCCCGCGGAGGCGGUCCGGAAAGACCCCACGUGCGACCGCGAGAUCACGAUCUACGGGUACCUCCGCGGCGCCAACAUGAAGGAGGGCGCGCGCGUGCACGUCGCGGGCGCCGGCACCUUUGACGUGGCGGAACUCGACGCCAUCCCGGACCCCUGCCCGCUCCCGGGCUCCGGCCGCCGGCGCGGCCUCGACGACCGCGAGCGGCUCAUCUACGGCCCCAUGGCGGACGUCGGCGGGCUCAUGUACGACAAGGACGCUGUUUACAUCGACAUUCCUGACCACAAGGUCGCGUACAGCGGCGCGGGGGGGGGUAAUGCCGCUGGGACGGACGGAGAGGGCAUGGUUCGCGAGCUGGCCGCGGGGCGCGCGGCGGUGGACGAGGCCGUCGCAAAGUCGAGGAUUCAGAUGUUUCCGGGGGCGCGCGCGAUCCGUGGGGACCAGUUCGAGGCGCUGAUGGGGCGCGGUGGCGACGGCGGGGAGAGCGGGGAGGACGACGACGAGAGCGGGUCGGACUGGAGCGACGACGAGGAGGCGGGGGGCGGUCCGGACGACGCGGCGGCGGCGGAGGUGCGGGCGGGACGGACGCGGCGCGCGGCGGUGUUCAGCGACGCCGUCGACGCCGCGUCGGACAGCGAUGCGGAGGACUCCGCGUCUGACGACGACGGCGGGCGGGCGUCGGACGGCGGCGCGUCGGAGGAGGACGACGAGGGCUUGGGGGCCGCGGCGCGGUGGAAGGAGCGCAUGCUGGAGCGCGCGCGGGCGCAGUUCGGUUCGGGGUUGCUCGAUUUGGAGCGCCACGUGUACGGGGAGCGGGCGGCGUUCGAUCCGCUGGCGGCGGCGGCGCGCGAGGACGGGGCGAGCACGGACGACGAGGACGAGGGGGACGGGUUUCUGCGGCCGGCGCGGCGGCGGGCGGGGCCGGACGGCGCGGAGGGGCCUGACGCGGUGGACGUGUCGCGGCCGGCGGAGGCGGGGGGGGGGGUAUUGGACGAGGGGGACGUGGCGGGGCUCAAGGAGGCUCGGUUCGUGACGGGGGACUGGGGGAAGGGCGCGGAGCGCGACGAGGCGCGGGCGGAGGACGCCGCGGGGAGCGACGACGACGCCGCGGGGGACUUCGAGGACGUCGAGGGGGCGAGUGACGGCGGCGGCGAGGCGCUAGCGUUCGCGGGCGGCGACGCGGUGACCGAUGCGGCGCAGAAGGCCAUCGCGCUCGCGGAGGCCGAGGAGCGCAAGCUCAGCAAGGCCGCCAAGAAGGCGGCGUUCGACGCGGCGUUCGACGAAGGCGCGCUGAAGAAGGAGGACAAGAAGCAGGGCGGCGGCGGGGCCGAGGGCGACGAGGAGGACAAGACGUACUACGACGAGGUCAAGCGCAAGAUGGCCGAGGCGCAGGCGCGGACGCGCGCGGCGCUGGACGCGCUGGACGCGCGCACGCGCCUGGCGCUCGAGGGCGUGCGCCCGGGCGCGUACGUCCGGCUCCGGCUGCGCGGCGUGCCGUGCGAGCUCCCGAAGUUCCACGACCCGCGCAUGCCGCUGCUCGUCGGCGGCGUCCCCGCCGCCGAACAGGGCAUGGGCUUCCUGCAGCUCCGUAUCAAGCGCCACCGCUGGCACGGCCGCCUCCUGAAGAACCGCGACCCGCUGAUCCUCUCCUGCGGGUGGGGGCGGUUCCAGACGGUGCCGGUGUACGCCACGCGGGACGACAACGGCCGGCUGCGGAUGCUGAAGUACACCCCCGAGCACAUGCACUGCAUGGCGGUGGUGUACGGGCCGCUGGUGCCGCCGGGGACGGGCGUGGUGGCGGUGCAGGCGCUGGACGGCGCGCGCGCGACGUGGGGCGUCGCGGGGACGGGCGUGGUGCUGCAGCAGGACGCGGCGAUCCGCGUCGUCAAGAAGCUCAAGCUGGUGGGGUACCCGUUUCGCAUUCACCGGCACACGGCGUUCGUGCGGGACAUGUUCACGUCGCAGCAGGAGGCGGCGAAGUUCGAGGGCGCGGCCAUCCGGACGGUCUCCGGGAUCAGAGGCACGGUAAAGAAGGCACUGCGUCCGGGGGCGUCCAAGGAGGGGCCUAUUGGGGAGGGGUCUUUCCGGGCCACGUUCGAGGACAAGGUGCUCAUGUCAGACAUCGUGUUCCUGCGCGCGUGGAUCGCCGUCGACCUCCCGCGGCUCUGCAACCCCGUCACAAACCUCCUGCAGCGACAGCGGGGGCUGGUGCGGCAGGUGGCGCCGCGGGGCAAGGCAAAGGGCGGCGCGCCGGAGCUCGAGGCGCCCGCGACGACGCCGGAAGAGGAAACAAGGCGGCUCGAGGCCGAGGCUGCGGCGCGUGCCACCAUAGAAGCUGGCGCCGCCGCGGGGCGUGCGUUCGUGCCGAACUCGCGCUUCGUGGGCAGCCGCCCCGGCUACGUGUUCAAGCUGGGCGACCAGGGCCUCGGGUACUACCAGGACACCGGCCCUGCGCCGCGGCACGCGCCUGCAGCGCCCGUAGCUGCGGCGGGAGGCGGCGAGGGGGCGGGGGGCGAGGAGGAGGAGGAGGAGGGCUGGGUGCGGAUGCGGAGCGUCGCGGAACUGCGGCGGGAGCGCGGGGAGGGCGCGCCGCGGAACUACGACUCGCUGUACAGGGAGAUCGAGCGCCCCCCGCAGCGCAAGUUCAACCCCCUGCGCAUCCCGGCCUCGCUCCAGAGGGAGCUGCCGUUCAAGAGCAAGCCGAAGCUGGAGCCGAAGCGAAAGACGAAGACGCUGGAGCAGCGCCGGGCGGUCGUGCUGGAGCCCGAGGAGAAGCGCAUGGCGACGCUGCUGCAGCAGCUGAACGCGAUUCGGAACGAGAAGGCGAAGAAGCGCCGCGAGGCCGACGCGCGGCGGCAGGAGGCGCGUGCGAAAAAGAGGGGCCGCGAGGAGGAGGCGCGGGAGCAGGUGGCGAAGCAGGAGCGCAAGCGGCGCUACAUGAUGCAGCAAGCGGCCGACAACCGCGCCAAGGCCAAGGCGGCGCGCGAGGGCUGA